AUGUGUCUGUCACGCAGGAAGUCUCGCCAUGACAGCCCAUGUGGGGUGCGAUGUCGGAGGCCGGUGCAGCGGCGGAUGACCUGUCCCAGCCCUCAGGAGAUCAGCCGGGCCUUGAUCAACCCUCCUCCCAUCUGCCCGACCCGGGCGGCCAGCCUGGACGACCUCAUCCAGCGCUGUCUGCUCUGCUUCGACUCGGACGGGAAGCUGAUCAAAGGAACGCAGCUGGUCCGCAUGACCCUGAUGAUGCACAGCUGGGUGGUGCCCUCCCAUAUCUUCACACAGAAGUUGCUGUCUCUAUAUCCUGACUGCCCUGUUGAAAAGAGGGGACAGCAGCGAGCGCAGAUCUGCCACUUGAUCAGGCACUGGAUCAGCCAGUUCCCAGCCAUGUUUGAGGCAGACCCUCUGCUGGAGAAGGUGAUGGGUGACCUGUGGGCCCUAGUGAGGAUGGAGGGGGAGGAGCCCCAUUGUCAGCUGAUUGACACUCCCUACCUGAACGCUCCAGUUAUUCCAUCCCAAGCCCCCUCUCCUUCAGUGAAGAAGAGGAAGGUGUCCCUUCUCUUUGACCACAUGGAGCCGGGCGAGAUGGCUGAGCACCUCAGCUACCUGGAAUUCAAGAACUUCUGCAGCGUUUCGUACUUAGACUACCGCAGUUACGUGGAGCGUGGUUCUGUUCGGGGCAACCCAGCACUGGAGCGAUCUGUCAUGCUGUGUAAUGGAGUGUCCCAGUGGGUCCAGUUGAUGAUCCUGGGAAGACACACAGCACAGCAGAGAGCAGAGGUCUUCACUAAGUUCAUCCACGUGGCCCAGAAGCUGCGAGCCCUGCAGAACUUCAACACCCUGAUGGCUGUGACAGGAGGGCUCUGCCACAGCUCCAUCUCACGCCUCAAAGACACGGCCAGCUUCCUGCCACCAGAUGUCACCAAGAGUCUGAGUGAAAUGACAGAGCUGCUGUCGUCCAGCAGUAACUACAGCACUUACCGGCGGGUGUACAGCGAGUGCGAGGGCUUCAAGGUGCCCAUCCUGGGAGUGCACCUGAAGGACCUGAUCUCCCUGAACGAGGUGCUGCCGGGCUACCUGGAGGACAACAAGAUCAACCUGGGCAAGCUGCAGCAUCUGUACAGCAACAUCAAUGACCUGCUGGCCAUCCACAGCUGCAUACCCCCCUUCGAGGCCAACAAGGACCUGCUGCACCUUCUUACGCUGUCUCUGGACCUGUGCUACACUGAGGAUGAGAUAUAUGAGCUCUCAUAUGCCAAGGAACCCAAGAACCCCAAAAUACAGACCGCUGCGCUGGUCAAGCCUCCAGUUGUAGCUGAGUGGGGAUCAGAGGUCACACCCCGACUGGACCCCGCCACCAUUUCCAGACAUGUCAAACAGUUGGUGGAUUCCAUAAUGAAGAACUACGAUCUGAAUCUGGAUGGCUACAUCUCCCAGGAGGACUUUAGGAAAAUUGCAGCCAGCUUUCCCUUCUCCUUCUGCACGCAUGAGAGUGACAGGGAAGGAGAGGUCAGUCGGGAUGAAAUCACAUCGUACUUCAUGCGGGGGAUGUCAGUGUGUGCUAAGCUGGGAUUCAACUUCCUGCACAACUUCCACGAGACAACGUACAAGAAACCCACUUUCUGCGACACCUGCAGAGGAUUUAUGUGGGGUGUCAUCAAGCAAGGCUACCGCUGCAGAGACUGUGGGGCCAACUGCCACAAGCACUGUAGGGACCAGGUUGGGUUGGAGUGCAUAAAGAGGUACAAGGUCUCUGGGAACUCUUGUCCCUGCACCCCUUCCCCAAGCAGGGGGAAAGGACACAGCUGCAGCUCUGAAGAGGACAAUAAUGUCUUCCCUCAUUGUGAGGGAGCUGAGCAAAAUGAAGACCACUCCACUCUGCAGAAAAAUUGGGAUGGUUCCGAGCUUUCGGACCGAUCCACUCAGACAGACCCAGGCGUGUGGACCCCAGAACCAUCAGACAGGAGUGGGAACCACAUCAAUUCACACACAUUUACUGGGUCUUCACCAGAAAAGAACAGAGCUGGCCCAUGCAGUAGUGCCCACCUGCAAACACGUGGACAGCAGCAGGGGUCUCCACGGCCACAGAGGACGCGGGGCGCCUCCAUGCCAGUGUCCUUCCUGGUGGAGAAGAUGGAGGAGCUGCACCUACAGAAAGGCAGGAGCCAAGACACGGACUGACCUGCUCUAUGACAAACAGACAAGCAUCCAUUCAUAUAAAUACUGGAAUUACAGGGAGUUAAACCCUCUCAGGGAUCCCUAACAUCUCUACCUGCCCCUGUCACUUCACCUGUUCUGCUGAGCAGGAGGAGAGAAGCCAAGAUUCACUGCAUGCAGAUCUCUGAGGGCUUCAGGAGAGCACAGACACCUGGAUGCUCCACCCAGAUCCUGUUCAGAAUGGGAACCCUGUGGAUUUAUCCUCCUGAUCUAGACCAGGUUUACCCCCCACCCCCCUCCCUCAACUCUCCAUCCAGUGCCUGCACAUUAUUAGCUCCCUGCAGCUCAAGCAACUGUUCCAGGUCCUGCUCUGAGAUGAGAUAGGGGGGCUCCUCUUUGUCCUUCUUCCUCUCACAGAGGACCACCCAGCACUGUCCCUCUGCCUGAUGCACCUGUUUCAAGUGGGAACAGGGCGACGGCGCAUGGGAAAACACACCAGAGAGGUGGUGGCAGCUCUUAGGUGUUUACAGACCUUCAAACAGACCUCACUAUUGAUCCCUGGCCUUAAUGACCUCUUUGCCUAUUUCUGUAUCUCUCAAAUUCUCAUCUUCAUUUGAUUGUCACAUUCAAGUGACAAUUUGUGGCACAUUCACAACUCAAAGGAGCAUGUCAUCCCCCAUCCCCCAAUCCCCAACUAAAGGCAAGUUGAGCAGCUUGUAUUUAUUGCAGACGCAUUAAUUGA